UACUAUUUGAUUUAAUUGUUUUGAAUUUAAAUAAUUUUUGUAGUUACUAGCGUUGAAAUUUGUGUUAAACUUUUAGACGACUUGUGUUUUGGCAAUUUACUUUGUAAUUUUCAUAUAAUUUUUCGUACACUUAAAUCCACUUUUAGAUUAUUAUAUUAUUACUAAAAUAUAUUGGGAUUAUGGCUGUUCCGAAUGAGUUAAGUUUGGAAUCCGUCCGUGAUUUCAUGAUUAUGAACAAUGGUAGAGUUACUAAUCAUGACCUAGUGACUCACUUUAAAUAUUUUCUAACAAAUCCACAAAAUAGAGCUGAAGCAAGACAUCAGUUUAAAGAAAUUGUUAAUACUGUGGCUACCGUUACUUGUGGAGAAGAUGGAGAAAAGUAUUUAAUGCUUAAACGGCGCUUUCGAGUAGCUGGUUGCAUUGGUUUAUCAUUAGAACCCUCCAUGAGCACAGCCUCUUCUCUAACUUCACUAACCUCUUACCCUGGUUUAUCUUCCGUACAUCAUUCAUUAUCUCAAGAUUCUCUUAUUGACCCUCCAAGAUUCCAACAAAGAUCACCAAUGGUAUCACCAUCAGCUAGACAACCCCCUCCUUAUCGCCCACCACCUUCUCCUAUUGCAUCGCCUAAAGAAUGCUCACCAACUAAAGAAGCUGCACCGCCUGUUCCUCCUAGGCGUAGAAGUUCUGAAAAAAUUAAAUUGAUUGAAUUAAGUGACAAUGUUAUAGUAAAUUCUAAAGAUAAUUAUAAAGAAAACGAUCAACCUCAACAGCCUCAGAUAAGUGUUAAAGACAGAACUCAAAAAUUUAACCGGAUAGCAUCUGAAAAUGCCUUACACUUAGCUAGUCAACUACCAUCGCCAAAUAAGAAAAAAAUAGAUAAGGUAAUUUAUACUAAUUUAUUUGCUUGAUUUAUGUUCUAUAUUAGUCAUAUUUAAUAAGUUAGUUUAUGUAGUGUGAAGAGAAUUUAUGUUUAUCAAAUUUAAAUUUGUU